CCUGAAAUUGGAGAACUCGGUGGUCGUGCAGAUUCAGGGGCUGGGAAGCGCCCAGAGAAACAGCAGAGAGAGCGAGGAACUAACUUCGAGGCUGAGUCGGGAAAAGCGGAAGGAAGAGAGAUUUUCCCAGUCCGGGAAAAGUCUGAGCAAGGAUUCGGGUCAAAGUGCACUUGAAGCCCCCAGGUGAACCAGGGAAUGUACACGGAGAGGGCUGGAGAGGAACUGCAGAGGGCUCCAGGAUCCGAGGGCACUUUAUUCCGAUUGGGACUUUUUUUUGCAAAAGCAAACAUCUAUUAAAUCCGCUGUUUCUGUUGCAGGACAGGAUUGCUGAGUUUCCUUGGCUCGGGUAGGGUCAGUCAGGGCUCUUGUUGUUUGCAAAAAAGGGAGGAAAUCACGAAUUUGCUCAACCGGUCACAUGCACCCUGACUGAGAGCUUCCCCUCUGUCGCUCUGCACCAGCGACCCGUUCAAUUAAUCCAGCCGUUUAUAACAGGAGUCGUUGUAUCGCCACCGAAAUUUAAUCUGAUGACCUGGCUGGUAAUUAUCCUUCAAUCAGUCUCGCCUUCAAAUAGAGCUGUCGCUCAUCACCAGUGUGCAGUGCAUCGUUGGACUCUACUAGUUCUUGCAGGAGAGACCACUUAAGUGAUCACCCGGCCCGGUCUUCAUGAGGUUGAGAAAUGCUCUUUGAUUUAAAAGAGAGGUAACACAUUUGUAUCAAUGGCAAGAUUCUUGAGAUACUUCACUGCAGUGGGUGAUGACUACCAGAAGUGGCAAGAAGAAGAAGAUACUGAAGAAGAAAUAUGUCCUCAAUUCAGUUCUUUCAGAGAUACUCUCAAAUGGAUAUUUAACUCCAACAAGUUUCAGAUUGCCGUUGUGUGUUUAGUCAUUCUGGAUGCUCUGUUCGUGUUUUGUGAAUUGCUAAUGGAUUUAUCCAUCGUUGAAGCAGACAAAGAGAGAAUAGUUCCCCAGGUGUUUCACUACCUGAGUAUUAUCAUUCUGACUUCUUUUAUUCUGGAGUUAGCGGGUAAAUUAUAUGCCUUUCGCUUGGAGUUUUUUUGGCACAAAUUUGAAGUUCUGGAUGCAGUCAUUGUAAUUGUAUCAUUCAUUCUGGAUAUUGUCUACAUUUCCCGGGAAGAUGCUUUUGAUGGCGUGGGCUUGCUCAUUCUACUUCGACUAUGGAGAGUGGCAAGAAUAAUAAAUGGUAUCCUCAUGACUGUGAAGUCACGUCAACUGAAGAAAGAAACUGAGUUGAAACAAGUUAACAGUGAUCUCUGGCACAGAGUGGGUGAGCUCCAGGGUGAAUGCACCGUUCUGACACAAGAAGUUGAGAGACUUCGUAAGUUGCUGCAGGAACACAGGAUAAACUACCAGAUCGACUAAGACAUUUCUCCAGAGGUGUGGUGUGUUAAGUGAAGAUUGUACUAUGAAAAGCAGAUGAAAUGACUUUCGUAAAAAAUAUCUAGCAGACUAACAACUGAGACUUCCAGUUUUGUGUUUCCAAGAAAGCAAAGUGACCAAAAAAUGUUAAUUAACCUUGCAUUUCAAAAUAAACCAAAGAAUUAACAACCAA